AUCACUGUAUGUCUUAGUAGAAGUACUGCUUUCCUCUUUCAACAGCUGUUAUCAUCAGCGGUUCCAAUUGGCUGCAGCCAGAGGAAGGUGUGGUCUGGACUGUCGAUGUUGCAUCCUUUGUUUAGCCUGCAGUUAAAUGUUGAAUAGAAGUCUGUAAAGACGCAGGAAUCGUGUAUGAUCGAUAUAGAUGUUGUGGUCAUAAUUGUAGUCCUUGAUAAAAGUGUGCAUGUUCACGGAAUGCGUUUCCAGAACGUUUUUCCUUUGAUUCCCACCUGUAGCAGGAUUGAGGACAUGAUCAGCCUGCUCAAAGGACUGAAGUGAAAGCUGUGAUCGAACUUGGAUUCAACUCCGAUUGUAGUUUUGGAGGAUAAAGAAGCACACAUGAAACAGUGUUAAGGAUCAACACUCUUGAUUCGACAAAAGACGCGCCCCGCUUCCUUCUGACCAUGAUCACUGGUACCGUGCGCUCCUCGCCGUAAGCUGCUGUGGAGGAUCCGCACAUUAUGAGACGCCAUGGCAUGGUGUGACCGAGGGGUUCAGACUCUGCUGGCCAUCGUGGGGGCCUUCGCCGCCUUCAGCCUCAUGACCAUCGCCAUCGGCACCGACUACUGGCUCUACUCACGGGCGUACAUCUGCAACGCCACUAAUGUCACCACCGACGAAACCCAGAUGCAAACGAAGAAAGUCAAAGGCGACCUGACGCACUCCGGACUGUGGAGGAUCUGUUGUAUCGAAGGCAUCAACAAAGGAAGCUGCUUUCGUAUCAAUCAUUUUCCAGAGGAUAACGACUACGAUACAGACAGCUCAGAGUACAUCUUACGUAUAGUUCGUGCAUCAAGCCUAUUCCCCAUCCUCAGCACCAUCCUUCUCAUGUUGGGCGGCCUGUGUGUCGGAGUUGGACGCAUCUACAGCAGCAAGAACAACAUCCUGCUCAGUGCAGGCAUCCUCUUUGUGGCUGCAGGCUUGAGCAACAUCAUUGGCAUCAUUGUCUACAUCUCCAGCAAUGCUGGAGAUCCCAGUGACAAGAAAGACGAGGACAAGAAGAACCAGUACAACUAUGGCUGGUCCUUCUAUUUCGGUGCCCUCUCUUUCAUCGUGGCCGAGUCAGUGGGCGUCCUUGCAGUCAACAUAUACAUCGAGAAAAACAAAGAGACACGCUUCAAAGCCAAACGUGACUUCAUCAAAACCACCUCAUCCUCUUCACCGUACUCUCGCAUACCAAGUUACCGCUAUAGACGAAGGCGCUCACGCUCCAGUUCGAGGUCAACCGACCCGUCUCGCGAUACAUCCCCGGUGGGAAUGAAGAUUGGUGGAGGAAGUGGAGGGGGAGGAGGGCUGGGGAUGGGUUUGCCAAUGGGGGAUGUAUCCCUGUACACCCUCAGCAGGGACCCUUUAAAGAGGGGGAGUGGGACUGCAGGCCCGUACAGCCCUGAGAGGGACUCUGGGUUUUUACAAGUCCACAACUGCUUCCAGAAAGAUGUGAAAGAUGGAGUGAACCGGAGGACCACACCAGUAUGAGGUCAGGAGUCUAUUGUUGUGUUAAACAAUAAGCUUGAUGGAACACAUUAGAUGCCACACAGUUGAUGAGAAUGGACAAUUCCUCCCCGGGACUGUUCACAUGGUAGCAAUGUUGAAAGGUCAGAGCUCAGAAUAGGUUUUCUCACAUCUGAGACAGAAAAGUGCAAGUGCUUCAUUUAGUGGAGGAGGAAAACUGAUAUGAAAGACAUUUUCUUUGAUAGGACUCUUUAAAAAUCUUGUUGCAGGAAUUUUGGAGAAAUGUUUGAAGAGUUUGGUUUUAAAAUAUAAUACCUGCUAUUGGAAAAUAAUGAAUUUCAGCUCUUAUAGAAAGCCUGAAUCUUUUACUUGUGCUGGUAUCCUUUAAAGGCAGUCACUCAGUGACUCUGCCUAGUAAGAGGAUUAACCUCUUAUAGACUUUAUGCUCAACAUAUUAAAGAUUCAGAAUAUUGAGUUAAUGGUAAAAAUGUUUUUUUCUGAAUUAGUGUUUUGAAAUGGAAAGUGAUUUGUGUGAUUGUUAUCAGAGUAUUAUUGUAAUGUACUUGUUUGUAACUUAACACAAAUGGUGCUAACGUAAUCGGUUCACCUUUGAUAAUCUUAAGCCUUCUCAACUCCCAUUUAAACACUUGUAUUGUAUCUCAGUAACCUCUCUCAAACUUAUUUAUGUGAUAAAUGUAUGUGUUGAAGUAUGUGAGUGUGUGUUAUGGCUUUGAAACACUGCCACACUAUGACACAUUCAUACUAUGAAUAUGGAUAUCUGUAGAUAUGUAUUAACAGAAACGCCAAGGCAAGUCAGAACAUUCCAGUAUGCUGUGAGGUGCAUUAGUGUAGACAUUAUUUGUACGGUCUGUGUAGUUUACUCUCUAUUCACUCAGGGACGAUGUAGAGAACAAAUUAAUUCUUUACCGAAGCCAGACAGACUGUUGAAGUCGGUCGAUGUGUAAAAGCUGAGGUUAGAUAAUGCUCUGUGUGUGUUGCAGUUAAUUAACAUGAGUCUUGUUUCUGCAUUUACUGCCUUUGUGUUCAAAGAUUUGUUUUUGUCUGGUACAGAAUUUUGAUCAUGUUGCAAGAAAAUACACUUGUAGCCACUUGUAGAUUCAUAUUUAAAGUAUUUCUGUAUUUCUACUGCUCUACAGCAAGAGGAAUUGUUUGAAAAGUAUCAUUUUCAAUGAACUGACAAGAAACAAUAAAUAAUUUUGUGUCAGGAUGUAGUUAUGGGGCUUUGUUUGGCAACUUUUGCAGAAUGGAUAUUUAACAAACUGGCAAAUGAUAUGUAUACAGAUCCAGUUAUUUUUUUUAGGUGCAUAACUCUCGAGGACAAAAUCUUUAGUCAGAAUGAUUUCUUAUGGCUGCAGCUCACUUAUUUAUAAUAUAGUUCAUUCUAUCACAAAUCGUCAAAUUUCUGCUCAACCCCUUAACAAAUGGUCCAUCAGAAACCAAAGAGCCUCUCUGCUGACUGUGGAAACAAAUUCCAGACCUUUGCUUCAUAAUUACAACUAACUUUACUUGUACUUUAAUGCAAAAUACAAGCUGAGAAUUGGUCCACAGAGACAACAUGUCGUUUUGUUUUCCCUCAUAGAGGACAUAUUUAGGUAAUGACGCAGGGUUGAUGGUCCUGUUAUGUUCUGCUAUGAAACUGCAUGGCAGACAGUCGGCCAACCACAGGGCGUUAAAGGAAAUCGGCAUCAGCCAACUUAAUGCUUGACUGAACUAACAGGCUCCCAAAUGCUCAUCCAGACUUCGAAAAGCUUGUCUCCUUGUCUCCAAACAAGAGCUGGAGUUAAAGUGAGUGUUGUGUGUGUAUGGAGUGCUGGUAGAAGUUCAAAUUACUCGUUUUUGUUACAGUGCACGCUUGGAUGGCUUCCAUAUCUACUUAAUGGUUUGUUUCCCAGUUGAAUAUUUCCAGCAGAAGCUGCAGUUGGCUUAAUUUGGCUGCUGGUUUGUGAAUCGGGGUCACAGAGGUUGCCGUGUGCGUUUCAACAUACAGAGGUUCCUGCUCUCCCAGCUAUGGUUGUCAUUCAAGUCAGUGACCCGAACAAGGGGAUGGCUUGAAUUAUGAUGGACUUAUUUCCACUCUGCAUGUGAGUGAUGUAUUUCUGUUAUGCCAAACUCGUUUGAUGACCUUGUUUCCCAUUCCAGACCUGAAUUUGAGCAAUUCUUCUUUACCCUUCUUCCUACCCAUCACCCGAGCUGUUAAACCCUGUGAAUUUGAAUGCCAUGGGCCCUCACUGAUAUUUUCAUCCACAAUAAAGCUGCUCCCCCUCCCCACCAUGGCGUGGCAGCGAAACAGUUGAGAAGAAAAUGGCUUGGUCAUCUCCCCAUGCAGUCGCAGGACUGGAUGUUAGCAUUGGUAGCUGGCUGUGCAGGACGGAUGAUUUAACACUUAACGGCCUCAACUCAUGUUCUGUCUUUGAAACAGCUGAAGAUACCAGCUCACACCGAAGCUAUCUUUAACCCUUUAAGACCCACCAUUGUGCAAGUCUGCCAGGACAUAUUUUUACAUGCUGUAGUACCAUUUUUUUGAUGUAUUUUUAUUUGCUUUACAUCAAAAUAACCCUGAUAUCCCAAAUUUUAAUAAUAUGUAUUGACUUAUGUCUUAACUACUACAAAAAAUUGCUUAAAAGUGCAAUAAACCUUUAAAAAAUGAAAAUCGCUUUAGUUUUUUUCACAUAUAUUUCAAAAUACAGAAAUUGCAUAGCUGUAUCCCUCAAAUUUGUAAAUGUAAAAAAGUUGCACAAUAUCCUUUGGAACCACAGGAAAUUUAUUUGGAGUCUGUACAUAAUUUGCUUUUUGAGAUGUGGUCAAUUUUGUAACCUGUAAAAAAAAAAAAAAAAAAAAAAGGAAAAUAAACAAAACUGCAAAAUUUGCAGAGACAACAUCAACAUCAAAACAAAUUAUUUACAAUAGUGCAAUCAAAUUUCUAAGUGUGCCAGAUACUUAUGAACACACAUAUUUUAUGUACAAAACCAUGGUCAGACCAUAAAAAGUGCAUUUGAAAAUAAAAGAAAAUCGUUUUUAGUGAGUUGAAUCAGAAACAGUAUUUUGAUGGUCUCCUGGUCCAAGUACUUGGACAGGUCUGAUGGAGAAGGGCUGUCCACAUAUUCUGACAGAGGUGGCUGGACACCUGGCCUCCUUUUCGGCAGGCAGGAAAUGUGGCAGAGAAGGUAAGCUGUCAGGUUCCUUCUCAGUUUUCCAUCCAGCUGUAGGGAGUGCCUCUGGCCCGGAGCGCUCGCUGGUGGAGCGGCUGCUGCAGCGUCUCCUGGCUGGAGGACGGUCUGUCCCUCUACCUCUCGCUGGGGUACCAGGACAGCAGGAGACCUCCAUUCUCUCCUCUUCCUCCUCCUCCUCCUUCCCAACAUUGUAAAUGCUGCACACAGAAAAAGUUACGUGGUGGAAGCUGAAUUAGUGAGGAUGACUCCUGCUCCUGUCAUCUCUAAGCUCCUCACACAUCUUUACCUGCACAUGAGGAAAAUCACUCCUGUAGAAUGCAGUGGUUCAUCAGAACCUCUGGGGAUGUCCUGUGGAUUCUGUGGAUCCUGUGGGUUGCAGGGUGGGUCCUACCUAGACCAGGCUGAUCCUGGACCAUCCCACAGAUGCUCCAUCAGAUCUGGAUGUGGGGAGUGUGGAACCCAGAUGUUCAGAUGGAGAUGAUGCCACAUCUGGUCCAGCUGAUGGAAGGUCUUGAAGUUCUCUGACUGGCCUCGACUGAAGAUGGUCGUCUCACUGGAUUUAAGGUUCAGAUGCUCAGUAACAAACUCCACCAAUGAGCCAACAGGGAAGCUUUAGGUUUAUUAAAUGUUGCUAUGAAGGUUUCGCUGUUUUUCUUUGUGAAUGCAAUGUGCUCCAACUGAAACUUGAAUUAGAACUUAGAAGUAAAUCCUUCCAUCUGAAAGGAUUUAGUUGCAUUAAUAACCUCAUAACAUUCUAAUUUUUAUUCCAGUCUUGGUUGGAAAUAGAAUCUCUGUAUUGAUUCAGGUAAAAACUGAACUUCACAGCAUGUUGGAGCAAAACAACCAGAUGAAAACUGUGAUGGUGUUGGAUUGUCAGACCGUAAUGUUGCAGCUCAAAGCAGCUUUUCUAGCUCAGUUCAUUCUGACAUUCAGCUAUGAAUCAACACAGCAGAUGGUGAUCCAUGCUGUGGAAGUCUCACAUCUCCCGAUUUAAUGGAGCUGCUUUGCACUUUUUAUUCACCAACACUUUAUUUAAUAAAAGUCCCAUCUAGUUUUUAUGAGGAAUGUGAUGUUUUAAUUUCUCUGUGAAUAACUGCAGUCUAAUGCAACAGCUGGAGUUGUAACAUCUGUCCUGAUAUUGAUCAUGAAGUAUUGAUCAGAAUACUUAUGGUUAGCAGUCAUCCCUGAAGUUUUACAUUAAAAUCUUUACUUGUGUUGUGAACUUUGGUAAGAAGCAGAAACUUUUGCGUUGCCAUGGAUACAUGAGUGUUAAAUUCUGUCCAUGUUUCCAUUUUGGGAAAUGCAGUCCAGUUCCAGAAUGUGGAGGAAUUUAGUCUCACAAUCACAGACAACAAAUAUUAUCUGAAAGUUGGGUUAUUGUUGUUUAUCAGCACAAUACAAAGAUUGUUAGAAAUAUUCCAGUUAAGACUCUAGAAUAUCAUGAUUUAUGUAAAUUUACCUCAGUAAUAUGAAUGUUCAGGUUAAGAUUGUACAGUGAUAUUUAUUAUGUAAGUUUAGCUGAUUAAAGUUUAUGACUCUGCACUAAAAUAUUAUUUAAAUUGACAUCAUUAUUAUAAUAUUUAGGGUCAGACCCUACAGUAUUGAGAUUAAGAAAUCAAAUAUUCUAUAAAAUGUAAAUACACUGAACUCAUUUGGAUAUAUUUAAGUGAGACUCUACAAUAUUAUUUGACACAAAUCUGUCUAAAUCAAGAUUUUAAUAAUUUUCAUGCCAAACAUUUACUGGACUGAUUUAAAUAUUAAAAUCACUCCUUUCUAAUCCUCUGCUGUACGUUCAAACUUGAGGCCUUAAAUAGAAGCACACAAGUAUCUGUUUGAAGGAACUUCUGCAGAGUCCUGGUUCUAGAACAUGAUGAUAGAAUUAUAGACAAACUUUAACAAAAGCUGCCUGAGAGUUUACAGGUUUUUAUGUUGGAUUUCUUCAGUAAUUUAAUGAGUUAUCAGCAAUAAUCAAGUGUUUAUUUGAUGAACUUCAUUUCCUAAAACAUCCAGAAUUGGAGCUCAUAUCUUUGGCAGCUGUAAAGUUUCUGCUCCUUCAAAGUUCACAACACAAUGAAUGAAUUCCUAAAACACUCUCAAUGCUGGAGAGCGUUUGUGAUGCUGAAGCAGUGACCAGUUUUUCUGUUUCUUCUCUGGAGAUGCACAAUGAGGGACGUCUGCAGCGACUGAGAAAGAGUCUCACCACAUCCUGACAUGAGGAAAAAGACUUUAUUGAAGACUACAAUGAGAAAAACUAUCAGACAGCAGACGGCUGCAUUCAAGGUGAGCUCUGAACAUUUGAUCUGGAACAGGAAUUCAGUAACGGCAGCAUGAGCUUCAUUUCAGUCUGUAGCUGCUGAAUUCAUGGAUGAAUCAUCUGGCACUAGAGAAGAAGACCAUCAAACAUCCACGUCAGCUGAUGGAGGUCCAAGAGUCUCACCCAACAAACAACCUACAGAGUGAAGACCUCAAAUCUGAUUGGACGGCCUCCUAUUCAGCCAUAUGUGUGAACAAAUGCCUCUAAGCUGAUUUGUUUUCUAAAAUAAAUCUAGUUUGAGUCCUAA